AUGGAUCGGUUGAAGAAAACUUUGGAGGAGAUGGCCGAUGAAUUUAGUGAGCGCACGUGUACCUAUGUCCGCCAACAGGGGGAAACUGAGCAGUUUUUUAGGCUCAGGGAAGAAAAUAUGAAGCAUGCCUUUGAGACGGCAAGGACAGAUGUGGAGUCUUUGACGCGUCGCGUUGAGCAGUUAUGUCAGGUCAUGCGAAAUGCAGAAGCGAUGAUUGAAGAGUGUAUGGGCGUCUCGCACAACGCAUUUUUGGAUUAUAUGUUGGAAAAAGAGAGACUUUACGCAAGUGCCUUUUCGAGAGUUCAUGAGGAACUUCUCUCCCAGUACGCUAGCUCACGUGAAGAGGUUUCUAGCCUUCUAGAAGAUGUCAUGCUUUUGUCGCCACUUAGCGAGAAAGUUAUUUGCCAGAGAAAUGACAUCGCGAAAUUGAUUAAGCAUCUCAACGCUUCCAAGGAAGAAAACGAACAGCUUCGGAAGGACCUCUCGAGACUACGGUGUGUUUGCGCUCUGUCCAUGACUCGCAUCAAGUGUCUCUGUGAUCGAGACCGCCGAGUCGUCUUCUUCCAGCGAUGGGUCCAUAUAGCAUCUUGUAACCGCCGCCGUCGCCUGCAGGAGGAUCACGCACGGCUUGCAGCGGCUCUCACGGAACAGCUGCAGGAGUUCAAUCUGCAGAAGCAGAAUACCGUCUCACAGCAUCAUAAGAAGGUGGAGCAGCUGCAGGCUGAAUUGAUAGCCAGUCAACUACAGCAGCGUCAGCUCCUUGAUGAGCUUGGGUUGCUGAAUAAGAAAUGCGAGGAAAGCGACUUGAAGCGCCGUGAAGUUGAAAUGGAGUUGAGCGCCGUAGCUGUGCAGAGACUUCAUGAAAAGCAGGAGGGCCAAAGCUUGCUCUACGAGCUUGGCACUGCCCGUGUUGAUUGCAUGCUCCUAGCGGAGUCUAGGAGGCGUUUUUCAAUUGAAAAAUCAGAAUCCAUCUCUCGAAGUGAGAUCUACCAGCAGGAUGCGUGCACUUGGAAAAGUCAGUUAGAUUUUCAGCGUGACCAGAUGAUGCAGAUUACUACCACUUACAAAACGUUGAGGCAGCAUCAUGAGGCCCAAGCUGCUGCGCGAAGGGAACAGGAUAAGGUGCAUUAUGUGAUGCUUUCUCGAUUUAUCCGAGAUUUCUGUGUUCGGCGACUUGCCUCUCGUGCUUUUGGUCUAUGGAGGAGCUACACUUUAUGCCGCAGCGUGCAACACUGCGAGGUGGCUCAUCGCACAGCUCAGCAAGAUGAGUUGGACGCCUUUGCCGAGCAAACGAUGUCGCAAAUACAGCAACUUCAGGAUGAAAGCAGGACCGAAAUGAUGCAGCUGCACACGGAACACUUGCAGUGUCUGGAACAUACCAAAGCUAUCCAGGAUGAAAUGGCGUCGCUGGAGGAAGACUACAGCGCGGAACUCGCACUGGUGAAUGCCGAACACUUAGAAGUAAAACAGGCAUAUGCCGCGCUUAGGGGGGAGCACGAGGUGUAUAGAAAACAAAUGGAGGGUGCAAGCGAGUUGUUGGUGGAGUAUUGCGCCGCGGCUACCUUUGCGCGGUGGAAAGCCUGGGCGUGCGAAUUGCGUAGCCAACGUCUCCGGCGGCAGUAUGAGGGGCUUUUUCUGGCCAUCUCCCAAUGGCGAGGCUCGCUCCUUCAUGAAGUGCAGUUCUUCAGCCAGAGACGGGAAGAGAUCUUAUCUGAUUCCGUGGCGAGCGUGUUCGUUGUGUUCAGCCUGCACGGUCGAAACUCAUACCACGAGCUCUCAGAGCGCUUCGAUAGUCUCAACUCAUGCAAUGAUGACAUGAAAGCGCAGAUUCAGAAACUCAAGUGGGAAAGAGAACAGCUAGGAGAACAAUUAUCCUCUAAGGAGGAGCACUAUGGAAAGCUUAGAAAGGAACUAGUAGAGAUGAGUGAAGCUUAUGAACGAUGCGUGACUGAGCAGUCGAGUUUGAAUCGCUUUCUUACUUAUGGACAUCACCUUAUGGAGGUUCACUUGGAGGAAGUCGCGAUGACUUUUUUGACGGUCAGCAGUGCCCAUUUCAGCGCCCUUCUUAAGGAUCAGGGGGUGUCCCCUACAUCGCCCAGAAAUAAUCACAUUGAGGCUGAAGGUAAGGUAGUGGGUGCGCCAGCCCCGCGGUUGGACCUGCGCCUCGAGAAUGUCCAGGAGUUUACGGAGCCAACAACAGUCAUGAGGGUGCACGCGGCAAAUCCAUCACUGAAUAAUUCCGAGAACUUCCUGCAAGUUGACCUAAAGGACGGAGCAGAUAGCAGUCCUUGUGGCGUUGCUCCUCAGCUUGCUCUAACGGAAGACGCCGAAGAGAGCGCCAAGUCAUUUGCUCGAGCCCCUGAUAUCCUUCGGGUGUGGGCACAUGGUUCCGCUGAGGCGAUGAAUCCGCUUUGUGUUGGCAAGAUGCAAGAAGUACCAGGGAGCGUUGUGAAGACUGAAGAAAUUUGCACAAAGAUUCAUCAAAAUCUAGCGAAUGCUAUAGAGGGACAAACGGCCAUAUUGUUGGAAGAAACUUUGAUUGACAAUAAUAAGACUGAGUUCACGCCAGAUGCUGCAUCACUGAUUCAUGGAGAGCGCUUUGACGUGAUUGAGUGCCACAAGGGCUCUGAAGACGUUGACCAGUCGUGCAAGGUUAGUCCCCAAACACAUUGUGAAUUGUCUAGGAUGAGUGAAAGCAGCUUUCAGGAGCCAAUUGCUGUGUUGCAGAACGCCGUAGUUUCCUUAAUUUCACUCCUUUCCCGAUUUGAGGGGUUUUCUACCAACAUUUUUUUUUCACCAGAUUCACGGCCAACUGACCUUUCCGCAACCCUACGACACUUUGAUGAUAUUCAGCACAGUAUGUAUGCUGAUACCGAUGCUUCUUACCCAGGGAAAGGUGUCUUUCAGAAGGGCAGCCUGGAUGACAAGGGCGGUUAUCUCAGUGCAAACAGGGUUCCCACUGAAAAAGUCGAAUCGAUGGACUCCAUCCACUUAACCAAGGGGCUUCUUGGACAUACUAAGUUUAAGCUCUCAGAUACGAUCGAGUCUACAAUAAACAAGGCAUCGUAUGCAGAGCAAACUGAACCCCAGGGUGGCACGAGGGUAUCGCCUGUGGCUGCUGUUUCCAGGUUACACAUCAAUCAGGGGCAGAUACAGGAGAAGAUGGACAAGCAGCUGCUCUGUGCACAAAAUGCUACGAAUCCUCCGACAGUGCACCACUUAAAAAAUGAAAUUACUGAUCUUCAUAAAGGAGUAAAUAGGAACCGAUGGACCCAUAACAUUGAGGAAGAGACCUUAAAGUGCCACCUAGAGGCAGCAACGACUCAAAUUAUUGAAGCGGGAAAACAGAUGCAGCGCAUUUUUUAUGCCAAUAUAAAUACGUUAAGGAGUCAAACUCAAUUCCUCCAGAGCGAGAUUCAGCGUAUACGGCAAGCUGGUGCAGAGGAGGCAAAGAGAGAAUUCGAUACACUUCGGGAGGCACUAGAGAUGCGCUUUCAAAUUCAGCUGAUGUCUUUGCAGGGGAGAAUUAAGCAGCUAGAGCUAGAAAAGGAGUACUUGGAGAGCCGGGAGACUCAAAUUGGGGUGGGUUCAGCAGACCUGCUAAGGGAGGUGCGACGCGACUUGGCUAAUCUGUCUGUACAAUAUCAAGACUCCAUAGAGGCAUUGAAAAUGUGCUACGGGUCUCAGCACGAGGAUCACAAAGGAGAGGUUUCCCUUUCGAGCAUACUUGUGGAGUAUGACGUACAAGCUUGCGUGCGUUGCUUUCUAUUAUCACACACGUACAUUGAGGCUUACUCUGCGAAGGCUGAUUGGCUGGUUGAAUCUUUCCUGAUGGUCUCUGGAGAGGGAUCUCGAGGUCGAAGCAGUGGGCUGGGGGUGUUGCAUUCCGCAGAUUCAGACACCCAGCUUAAAUUACUGCUAUGUCGGGUCCAAACUCAUUGGAUGGUGUGUGCCGGGUUACGUGAAGAGAGCUUGAAGGACAAGUGCCGAUUAUUUACGGAUGGUAUUAUUUCCCUGAUGCAGAGGUGUUGGGAGAAAUGUAGUCUCCUUCUGGGGCAGACCAGACAGGCGUCGUUAGUGGAUAUGGAGGCUAUAGAGACUGAAAAUAUGCAGCUGCACGAGAAGUUGGCAUACUUGGAAGCUCAAGUGCAAGUCCUUUCGCGAUGGUCCACUGCCGACGAUGUACUCAUCCACUCAGAUGAAGCACAUGUGCAGGGCAAAGAAGCGAGAUACAGUAUUGAACUGCCGAACAGCCGGGCAUCAGCGGAGAGGAUAAUGCAGCCACCAACACAGGAUGCUUCGAUGGAUAGGGUCGCGCCGUCCUUCUCCACCUAUUAUGAAGAGAACUGUUCCCCAGACCAGCCACACACGCACGGCACCACCAGACUAGGGGAGAGAAGUCUACCUGUUCGAAAUAAGCCCAGCUCAGAAGAUACCGAAGUUCCACCUAUGCAAGGGUCGGUGACGAACUCUUAUCGCAGUGGCACUCCUAUUAAUUCAUCUCCACAUGUGAAGGAUAUUUCCCUAGACUCGCUGGAGCUUUCCCUAGGUAUUUUGCGGUAUUCGGAUAUGCUGAGCGAACAGACUUUACAAAACGAGGAGCGUUUGGAUUACGUGGAUUUGCUCUCCGCUGAGUUGGAAGAUCUUGCCAUGCAGGGGCAUCGCAUUUGGAACCAUGCAAAGCGUGAAAGCUUCACUCCCAUGAGACGCAAACACGGAGGCCGUAUCACUCGUCUUUGA